AUGAAGCAAAUGAGCGCUGUCGACAAGGAAUGGGGUGCCAAUCCUUCCUCCGCGGAAGACAACCAUGACAACCAGGAGGAACAGUCUGCCGAAGAAGAAAAAAGCGAUGAGGGCCAGGAGGAACAGUCCACCGAAGAAGAAAGAGACCCUAACGACCAAGAGGAACAUGCAGCUCAGGUCAGAGGUUGA